AUGGUGGCCCCCGAAGCUGUGGAGCUGCAGGGACGCCUUGAGAUUGGCCGGCGCUGUGGCCGAGGCCUGAUGGGGAUAGUGAUACGGAUACGAGUACGGAUGCGGAUAUGGCACACCGGCACUGGCUACCGUGAUGGUGGACUCCCCGACCGGCUCGUGACCCUCGUUGGCCUCCGAGGAGCCCUCCUGCUGCGACCCGUUGCUGGACGAGUGAUGGGUGUAGUCCGUCGGGGCGCUGAGCUGGCGAUUGAACUCGGCCUUGCGGCGCUGCCUGCUGCUCCCAGUCCGUGGCCGUGUGCGUGGGCAUGCAGCUUGUGGCAUGAGUUGCUGCUGGCGCUGAGCAGGUUGCAGUUCUUGCUGCCGCUAGCCGAGCUGCUACUGAUCUUGGCCGCCAGCGAUUGCGGCACCUGCGCCGGACUCUUGCCCGUCGCCGGAAUGGUGUGGCUGCUCCCUCCGCUUCCACUCUCGCUCCUCACCGACGCCCGGUGGCCGCCGGCUGGCAAUGUCUUGGUCUUGCCCUUGAGCGAACCGUUCAGCAGCAACUGUUGCUGGCGGGCAGCGACCGCGGAUAAGGCUGGCAACUGUGGCUGCUGUGAACGGGUGCACGUGGAAGAUGAGCUGGCCGGCGCCGAGGAGGCCUGCUGCGGAUGGGGCGUAGAGCUGGAGCUGGCCACCUGCGGCUGCAGCGAAUGCUUCUUCUCCACCAGAUACAAGUUCAGGUACUUGUCGCCCGGAUGCAGUGAGUUAUCCGACACCGCGUUCGACUUGGAGAUGAUCUGGCCCUUCUUCUUCGCUGUGCGUGUCUUCAGGGAGAGAUUGCGCAGCUUCUUGGACUGCUCCUUGAUCUUGUUGGUGCGCAGGAACGAGGGACUAUUGGCGAUGCACUUGAAGAUGUUGAGGUUCAGGUUGGUCAGAUGGCGUCUCUCUCGCUCCCUGUCCCUGUCCCGAUCCCUGUCUCUAUCCCUUUCCGGAUCCGGCUCUGGAUCUGGCUCUGGAUGGGCCAACUGCUGAU